AUGAAGGAGGACGCUGUCUUUGCCCUCAUAUUCGUGGCGUCGCUCGGUAUCGGUUAUCUUCUUCCCUCCGUAGACGCCGCGUCGCGCAGCGGAGCAGCAGGCGCCCUCGGCGCGACGCUGGUUGCACUCGCGUGUGGUCUGCGAUGGGCGCUCUACCCGCUGCUGACCAUCAUGAUCACCGCUGCAGCGCUUGCGUUUGCGCCCCGGCGACUGCACGGGCCGCUCUGCUUCGCUGCGGCCUUUGGAUCGCUCGCCGUGCUACGGCUGUGCGACUCGCCGCCCGGCGCGGCAAACGCAGUGCAGCUCGUCCUCACGCUGCGCCUCGCGUCGGUCGGGUUCGACUCUGCCGACGGGGGUUUGCCAUGCAACCAGGGGCCGCUCCGCCUCCUGCAGUACGCCUUCUGCUACCAUGGCCUCUUCUCGGGCCCGUUUUACCCGUGGGCCGAGUGGGCCGCAGCCAUGGGUGCGCCGGCGGGCGUGCCACUGCAGCCGGCGGAGCGGAGGCAGGUGUGGUGUGCGGUGCGCGACGCGGCAAUCACGCUGUGCGUCUGGCGAGGCGUGGCUUGGCUCACCCCCUACGCGCGGCUGUCCGAGCCUGGCUGGGCGGCCCAGCCACGGCUGUGGCGGCUGUGCUACUUUUACCUCUCGUCCUUCCAGUUCCGCUUCCGCUUCUACGCGCGCGCGAGGGGGCGUGCGAGGGCAGCCCCGUGCCACCGGAGGCGAGCCCGUCCGGAGCGGCUUGCUGUAGGGGUGCUGUGCCGCUUCCCGCACCCGUCAAACGUCUCGCCGUGGGAGUUGCGAGACUGCAACCUCGCCCUGCCCUCCCGCCCCGCCCGCCGGCUGGGCGCCUUUGCCGUCUCCGCCUUCUGGCACGGGAUGCACGCCGGCUACUACCUCUUCUUCGCCGGCCUCUUCGCGAUGGCGCGGCUGCCCGACCGCAGCACAUGGCCAGCCGCACCGAGGCUCGCUUGCGGCGUGCUGCAGCAAUGGUGGACGAUGGCGACGCUCACUUUCUUCGGCGCCGCUUUCAACCGGCGCGGCUGGAGCGAGACGCUCCAAGUGUGGGUGGCGGUGGAAAACUAUGGCUUCUGGCUGCUGGCGCUGCCGGGGGGUGGGGCGGCGCUGAUGCUCCUGCUCACGAAAGCAACCGGCUCAAAACGAAAAGCCCCGUGA